AUGCCGAUUAAUUAUCGAUUGUUUCCAAUUGAUGUUAUGAUUUUUAGUACAUUAACAGUUGUUUGUUGGAUAAGUACAAAUAUUAUUCUAUCGUGGACAUCAAAUAUCUAUCGUUCAAUUCAAUUAUAUGAAUUAGGAUUUAUGUUAAUGAAUGAUAGAAUAAAAUAUCUUUUAUAUAGACGUGCUAGACGAAAUAUGCAUAUUGAUCAACACAAUCAUCCUAUUGAACAAGGUUUAUUAUUCUUUUCACGACCUGACUUUUCCAAUGAGAUUAAUGCACAUGAUGAUAUAUUGCGAAGUCAAUCGACCUGUUAA